GAAAAAGAAGAAGAGCUUGAAGAAGUGCGCAAACAAGCGCAGCGGACCUCUUUGGAAGUGUCGGAUCUUUUCCCAGCGCCGUUCAGGUCCACUGCCGAUACCACUGCCGAUACGGCAGCAGCUGCUUUCACUGCUGGAGCCACGGUAGAUUCAACUGGUGGCAUCGCACCGUCCACUGCCGAUGCGGCAGCCGCUGCUUCCGCGGCUGGAGUCACUGGAGAUGCAACUGGUGGCAUCACAUCGUUCCUUGGAAGAAGCGGGGCGGCCGCAACCAACCACACCAGCAUGGGUACGGACAUCGUCAUCCGAAUCAGCGUCUUUCCGAUGGCUUUAGGUGAGACUUCUUUCUCACAGAUGAGGCAAUCUGCCGAUACGGCAGCGGCUUCCACAACUGGAGUCACUGGUCCUGCAGCUAGUCGUGCCUCACCGCAAUCUGCCGAUACGGCAGCGGCCUUCACGACUGGUUGCGUCGCACGGUCCUCUGCCAGUCGGCAGCUUCCUCGAGUGCAGCUGCUGGCGGCGCUGCGUGGCGCACGAGGAGCACCUGGACGAGCCUUGGAAGCAUGGACCAUGGAAAGCUUGGCCCAAGAGCGUGGCUGGCGCGUGCCAAGAGACCUGGACGGUCAGAGCCUGCAACAGAAGUAUGCCCAGGACUUACAGAAUGGCUACAGCGAGCAGCAGGCUAACAAACGCCACCAGCAGCGGCACAGAGCUGCGCUGCACAACCAAGGAGCAGAGUCCAUGCCGAUCCAGCGCAGUCACCACGCUCAGCAGAUUCAUGGUGGCAGUGGGGCUCGAGCAGCUGGAAUUCCUGGAGCGCUUCCAGUUGGCAACGAAGAGACUGGCAGGGCUAAGGGGCCUUUGCCACUGAUGACUGGAAGCCGAACGCAAUCUCAGGAUCACCGGCAGGUGCAGUCCUACUCACGGUUGCCGCGGCCCUUGCGCCUGAGCGACGUGAAGCUGGGGGCUCCGCCCUUGAGGCAACUGGAAAUCCCACGAAGCCAACUCACUUUCCAUGAAACCGAAAACUAUCUCCUGGUGGAUGUGUCUGCAGAAGCUCGGAAUGCGAUGCUAAAGAUGGCUGGGGCGGCAGUGCCUGCGAGCACCCCGUCGCAAGCCGUGUUUACUCUCUAUUCAUUCCCCCCCACAAAGGGCGGGCGCGAUGCCAUUUGCUCCUACAUGGAGGUCUUGAAGCGGCUGUGUGAAAAGAUGGAGGGGAAGCCGCUUGGCGUCCACAACUGGGAGGAAUUGAAAUGCAGAGCGCCUCUGUACUUUGCAUACCAAUUCUCCCAUGAGAAGUUCUCGCAGAAGCUGAGCCACGACCAGCAAAGCACAGCAGUUUGGAAGAAAUUCAAGGAGAUUGCGCCGAACAGGUGCUCUUCGCUGGCGUGCUGGUACGCCAUGGGUGCUGGGAAACUUGUGGCCAGAUGUUUCGCCUUGGGCGGCCAGCCCUUGAACGUUGGAAGCUGCAAAGUCAGCCUGGAGCUGGCCUUGGAACGGUACAGCUGUGCGGUGGAAGCCAUGCAGCGCUUGGCACACAGGCAGAUGGGCCUGCUGUGGCCACCAAAGCCAGAGAAUCGGGUUUGCAAAAAGUUUCCUGCUGCAGCGGUGACAGCAGUUGCGGACAUGCUAUUGCGUUUCAAAUUUCAAGAAAAUGUAUGGAGAGGG